AUGGCGGCCCCUUCUGGACACAACGAUCCAGAAGAUGGAGAGCUGGGCCAGCCCAUGGCGCACGAAGUGUCAUCACCUCCCCCACUGGACGACUUGAACUCAUUUUCUCGGCCGGAGACGCGUGAGCCUUCACUGCCGCCGUUGCCCGCCGUCUCCUGGGAUGUGCAUACUCAGUCCUUCGCCAAGAGGAAACGAAGCACCGCGUCACAGCUCUUUUCCGACUCAAGCGACCCUGCCAUCUUCUCUAGCGACGAUGAUCCCGCUUUGGACAACUAUGUCGAGGGCCGUCACAAGAAGAAGCGCUACGUCGGCUCCUGGUUCCAGCAACGUCCAGCAAGCUCUGAUUCCGGCUUGAGUAUUCGCCCCGAGUCCAGCGGCCGUCCGGGAUCCAGAUGUAAACGGAAGUUUGUCCCAGUUGACAGUGGAGUCUUCAUGGGUAGUGAUGGAUCUAUCGACGACAUUCUGGAUGAGCUGCCACCUGCCAAAGCGAACAAGGCAAUCUUCCCGCCUGCCACGACAAAAACGAUGGCGCCGCCGCCUAAUCAGGUGCCGCGCCCUUCUCAGAGGGGGCAACUCUCCGAAGCCGAGGCGAAGGCGCAGGAAAUCAUCCGACGGUGUAUCGAUCGUGGUAUCGAAGCUGUCGACCUAUCAGCCCAAGGACUGCAGCACAUUUCCAAUGCUACCAUCUCUCUGAUGUCACAGAUCGAGCGUAUCCCGAGCGUAGAAAGGGGUGUACCAUUUGAACAUCAAGACCCGGAGCUGCAUCUAUUUCUCUGGAGCAAUCAGCUCACGCGGGUCCCCGGAGCUGUCUUCGACCUAGACCAUCUGACGAUAUUGAGCCUGCGAGGAAAUUCUCUCACAGAGUUGCCGCCUGCCAUUCUGAAGCUAAAAAAGCUGCAGACUCUGAAUGUGUCGCUGAAUAAUUUGAGAUACUUGCCUAUUGAGCUGCUAGAGCUCAUAUACGACCCCCAGAGUCCGCUCACAACAUUGAUGCUUCACCCAAAUCCGUGGUACCAGCCAGAGGGGGCUGAAGACCCGGAAGCUCCUUGGUCAUCCGAGAAUGCAGAUCGAACAUCCUCCGGGCCUGGUCUACAGGGCAGAGGAAGCAAGUGGCUUUCCCGUGAGUCGAAGCAAGGCUUAUACCUUGAUGGAAAGCUCUGGGCAAAAUCACCCGUGGAGUUCAAAGACACCAAAGGCAGGGUGUAUUCAGCCUUCCGGGUCAAGCCUGACGACAAAAUCCUGCCGACCGAGGAUCUCGAUACAGAGCCAGUGCCGCCGGCGCAGAAUACUGCGCAACAGAGGGUUCUGCUCUCGACCGAGGUCAAGACCACAAAGGUUCCGUCCCUAAUGGAAUUGGCCCUCCAGGCAUCCGCGAGGAAUCCUUACCUCGCAGAACUGCCAGCCAUACUCGCCGACACAACCGCGAACACACGCAUGUGCGAUCUGCUCGUGGACACCCAGGUGCACUCAUACACGGGCGGCCAGCGGUGCACCGUCUGCAAGCGGCCGGUAAUCAAGCCGACCGCGCAGUGGUUCGAGUGGUGGGAGAUCUUCGGCAACUACCUGGAACCCGGAGACGACUCAGAGUUGCGCCCAAGAGUGCAAUACCUGACCCAGUCCCCCGGAGAGAGAUUAGUGCCCUUCGUCAGGCGCGUGUGCUCUUGGAACUGUGCGCGGGACCCGAUUAGGGGGUUGGGAAGGCUGGGAGAGGGCGACAACGCGCAAGUAAAGGGUCCGGAGGGCGUUGUUCAAGAGUAA